AUGCCGUUAACGGAUUUUAAGGAUGGACGAGGAGAGACAAAAGUGACGUUGUCAAAGACAAGAUCGCAGCAGGAUGGACCUUUAAGGAAGGAGUCUUUUCUGGGAGAAAAAUUCUCAACUCACAGCAGCACCAUUAAAGCAAACUCUACGAUCACGUCUACAUGUGUAAGAGUGCGACUGCCACUGAAUGGAGAGUUGUACGGCUAUGACGUUGAAAUCCCGGAUGGUCAUCAAAUAGACGUCAACAAGACUGUUAUCACGCCUAAGAGUGACGUCAUUGAAAUCAAGAUUGUCAAAAUUGGAGAAUUUACUCUACCUGCCUAGGUUGGAAUGUCAAGUCCGUACACAGAGGCUCUAAAAGAACGAUCAGACUGAUAUGCUUCUAUAUAUCAUUGUUUAAUUUUUUAAUGGUUUUUUUUAUAUACUGAAAAGUGUUUGUACCGCCGUUUUAAGCUUAGAAUGAGUAUUUACACAGAAACUAUCAAACAUAUUAUGACGUAUUCACUUCAUACUGUCGUGGAAAAUUUUUAUUUAUCAUUUUGAAAAUAUUCAU